AAUGUUGACCACUCUUUCAUUUUGUCAUGCACUAAUAGAAAAACAGUGGACAACAUGCAUCACGUUUGAUUGUUUGAAAAGUUCUGUGAACCUUUUACGCUUUUAUUCUGGAAGUUUAACAAAGUUUUCUAUCCAUCGUGAUUUUUAGCAGAAUGUUUGAGUUCAGAGAAGCUCUGAAUGUUGAUCUGUGGUGAAAGGCCAAUGCAGUUGUCACAAUCAGGAGUCAUGUAAUCUUGUUGGUUCUGUUGCACAACGCCAUCCCGGUGAAACAUUUACUCCUGCUGUAUGAACCUUAUGGACUCGGAGUCUGGAGCAGCAUUAUUCCACCUGGAGCUGCAAGCUUUUGUUUGAAGAGCUUUGGGAAUUUAAUGAGUUUGAGCAGGAAAUGAGGAGGCGGCUCCACUGAAACCAGCAGUAAAUAUGGGUUCAACUGAUGGUGGAUGUGGAUGCUUUUUAGAGGUUAUCCUGUCAUAUCCAACUCUAAGUUUUAUUUUCCUCCUAACCGCCGUGGCUGCAAUCCGCCGGUACAUUCGAGAUUCCCACAAGGUCGACGGCUUCAGGGACAAGCACGUGUUCAUCACCGGCUGUGACAGCGGCUUCGGCAAUCUCCUGGCCAGACAGCUGGACAGAAAAGGCUUCCAAGUCAUUGCAGCUUGCCUCACGGAGAAAGGUGCAGCCGACCUGAGAGCAGCAGCCUCCACGAGACUGAAGACCGUCCUGCUGAACGUCACAGACAGCGAGAGCAUCAGGAAGGCGGUGGAGUUUGUGAGGGGAGAGGUCAAGGAGAGAGGUCUUUGGGGGCUGGUGAACAACGCCGGCAGGGCGACACCCAUCGGCCCAACGGACUGGAUGGAGUUAGAGGAUUUCACGAAGGUUUUGGAUGUCAACCUGAUAGGACUCAUUGAUGUGACCCUGCAGUUCAUUCCACUCCUGAAGAAGGCCAGAGGCAGAGUGGUAAACGUGGCCAGUAUACUCGGGAGACUGAACCUCGUUGGGGGAGGAUACUGCCCAUCCAAGUGGGGAGUGGAGGCCUUUUCUGACAGCCUCAGGAAAGACAUGAGUCAUUUUGGGGUCAAAGUGAGCAUCAUCGAGCCGGGUUUCUUCAAAACAGCUGUGACCAGUGUGGAUGUAAUCAACGCUGACAUGAGAAGACUGUGGACUCGCCUUCCUCAAAAUGUUAAAAACUCCUACGGAGUCACAUAUUUGGAUGACUAUAUGAAAGUGCAGGACUUCUCCAUGAGGGUUUUGUGCUGUGCCGACCUCUCAAAGGUGACCUGGUGCAUGGAGCACGCCCUAACCGCCCGCUUCCCUCGCACUCGUUACGGAGCAGGCUGGGAUGCAAAGCUUUUCUGGAUCCCGCUGUCAUACCUGCCUUCAUUUGUAGCCGACUUUGUGGUGACCACGCUCCUGCCAUCCCCUCAGGAAGCAAAAAACAACUGAAAAGCUUGUCUGACUUAGUGGUAACACUUUACAAAAGUAACAUGAAUUAAUGAACAAUUAAGAAUUAAUUAAACAUUAAAUAGUUAAUUUGGGUAUCGCCAAUAAUUUCCAGAAUCGAUUUUUUUCCCCUGAUUCUUUCAAUCCACUUUAUUUGAUUCGAUUCAAUUUAAUUUUGAGUUUAAGUGAGAAAACCUUCUUAAUUUAAGAGAAAAACACAGUAAAGUAUUACUGACUUGGUUUAUCUGUUAGAAAUGCUCACCAGUGUACAAUAAAACACAUUUCAGGGGGGAAAAAUGUGCCAAAACUGUGUUACAAAAUAGGAAAUUUAUUCAUUUGUGUUUCAGCAGCAGAAAAUUUCUCUCAUUAUUCCAAGUUUUAUGUCUUCAUGAUACAAAAAAAAAAAAAAACCUGUGAAGAAAACAGGAACUUCUCAUUUUUUUUAAACAUUUGCAUCCUCAAGUCAUAUGAACGCCUUCAGGAUAACACAGCAGUGUACAAGCUAACGUUAAAAACAAUCAGGUUGAUUUGAGUUCAGCUAAGUGUGAUUAAGUACAAUAAGUUAUUCUUUGCACACGUAUGCAAGCUAAAUCUUAAUCUGCAAAUGAAACUGAACCGACAUGAGUUGUAGACCAAUUUCUCUUUGUUGUGCUUUUAAUUUACCAGCCCUGAAAAUUGAAAACAUGCAAGAAGUAAAUACAUCUCCAGCUUUGUUUGGUAAGAAUAACUCAACAUUCAUUAUUUCUCUGAUAACCUCUGAUCAUAUAAGUACUGUACAUUCUGAAUGUAACCAUAGUUGUUAUGCUUUGCUUAUAUUGAUCUACCUGCUACCUAUUUUUGAGAUAUUUCCGUCAAAAUCUCACUGUUCAAAUUUACAAAUAUACAACAUAUUAACAGUUCUAUCAGCAGCUUCAGUGCAAAGAUAUACAUAUUGUACAUCGAAAUAAAGAAAAACAUCAACACAAGUAUUGGCAUAAGAAAUGUCAGAAGGCAUAGCCCCGAAAGACUUUUGUUUCAUAGAGAUGAAUCUCCCGUCCUAAAACGAUUUUUGUACACAGGCUGCAUAAAAAAAUAAAUUCUGUGCAAAGUG